GCAGCGUGAUCCCGGUGCCCCUGCCACGAGCCGGACUAGCGCGCGGACCCACGCACGGACCCACGCACGGACACAGUCAGCAUGCCCGCGAACAAGGACGAUGGCGGCUGGAAGAAGUUCCUGUGGAACUCGGAGAAGGGGGAGCUGAUGGGCCGGACCGGCAGCAGCUGGUUCAAAAUCACGCUCUUCUAUGUGGUCUUCUACGGCUGCCUGGCCGGCGUCUUCAUCGGCACCAUCCAGGCCAUGCUGCUCACCCUCAACGACUUCAAGCCCACCUGGCAGGACCGAGUGGCGCCCCCUGGCCUGUCGCACACCCCCAAGGUAGACAAGGCCGAGGUGUCCUACAGCAUCAACAGCUAUGAGACCUACAUGCCUUUCACCAAAGCCCUGAGGGAGUUUGUGUCCCAGUAUGACGACGCCAACCAGGGGGACCAAUCCAAAUUUGACGACUGUGGACAGGAACCGGCAGAGUACAAGCUCCGAGGGGAUCUGGAUGACAACGCUGGUGUUAGGAAAGCGUGUCGCUUCUCCAGGAAGUGGCUAGGCCCCUGUUCCGGUUUAGAGGAUGAAUCCUUCGGUUUCAAAGAGGGCAAACCCUGCAUCAUUGUGAAGCUUAACAGGAUCGUCAACUUCCGUCCAAGGCCUCCCAGCUCCAACGACAGCAUCCCUCCAGAGGCCGCCCCGAAGGUGCAGCCCAAUGUGAUCCCCCUCUUCUGUACCAACAAGAGAGAGGAGGAUGCCGGCAAGAUCGGCGAGAUCAAGUACUACGGCAUUGGCGGCGGCUUCCCGCUGCAGUACUACCCGUACUACGGGAAGCGGCUGCACCCCCAGUACCUGCAGCCCCUGGUGGCGGUGCAGUUCGCCAACCUGACCCAGAACGAGGAGCUCCGCAUCGAGUGCAAAGUGUUCGGGGAGAACAUCGACUACAACGAGAAGGACCGCUACCAGGGACGCUUUGACCUGAAGAUCACCAUCAACAACGUAUGAUAGCGGCGCCUCCCUGACGCCCCCACCCCCACCCCGGCAGAAGACAUCAGUGAGGGGUCGUCACGGUCUCGUCCAUCGCCACUAGUCUUGAAUGAACCUCCAUCCGGGGGCCGUCGUAACCGCGUUCAUCACUAGCUUCAACACCUCCUCCUAGCCUUAGACGAAGAUUUAGAGCAAAAUUAGCAAUACAGGCCCAGCCACAUAUUUAUUUAGCCGCAAAUUACUUUCCCACAAGCCACAGGACAUCGUACGGCGGGGUGUCCCAUCGCCGUCCCCCACCGCCGCUGCCGCCGCCUCGUGCUUUGCCUCCUCCCGUCUCUGCUUCGGCGCUUCGUGUGCUUGCCUCCAGAACGAUGCGCACUCCUGUUCACGCUGCGAGGAAACGGCUACACUCCAGGAAGCGUUGCUCCUCUUUCUUUUCUUUAAUCACUGAAACGUGUGAAGGGUUUUCUCUCCGUUUUAAUCUUUGCCUUGAAUGUAGACCGGCGUUCGGCCCGUCGGGACGCUCGGUCCCGUUUGAAGAGGCGACGGUGCUGUCUUAUGUUUUGACUUCAUUUGUUUUAUUUUUUUUGCUGGAUUUGUCUCAGCGUCGUGGUGUAACUGAAUGUUUUAACCAUCUGAAGACGGUGGAAGAAUUUUAUAUUUAUGCAGAUGUACAUUUUGUUUCUUUGCAGAAUAUUGUAAUGUAUAAAUGCAAUACCAAAGUGAGUCGAAGAGCGUCUAUUAAAAAGCAAUGCAGUACUCCGAAAGUGCUCAAGCGUCUUGCCUUGUCAGUGGUUAUCUUUGGAUCCAUGCCUGACGUAGUUAGUAGACUGAACUAGUGACCUGUAGGUGAACUCCGACUGGAGGUCGAGUUCUCGCAGUCGAUCGAUGAAAAUACCACGUAGGAGAUCCCGACGAUGUAAGAUGCUCAACUUUGAAUCUUAAGACCUUUCAUCCGUUCACACCUUUGUCAUUUCAUCGAAGAUGGAAACGAAUAAAGUUAAAGUGAACCUUAAA